UUAUAAUAAAAUCAAAAAUAAAAAACAAAGAAAAACUUUAAUAAAUACCAUUAUAAGCAGAGCACGAAUAAACAAGUGAAAAAAUAAAUAAAAGCACAUAUAGCAUUAAAGAUGAAUACAGAAAGCACUCCUACUCCAGCUAAUCCUCAAGAAUAGAUGAUCCCACAGUAACCUAUCAUGAAUUUCAUUCCCUAAAAUCAACAAAAUUAAUAUCAAUACAUUCAAGGCCAACCAGGCGUACCAUAAGUGCCUGUUGCUGCUACCUUUCCAAUUGAUCCUAUGUAAAUGAACUAGCAAAACUUCUAAUAGAACUACAAUCCAAAUUACUAAUACUACCCAUAGUAAUACCAAAAUAAUAACAACAAUAACAACAACAGAUAAUACAAUGGUCACAAUCAAAAUUACAAUAACAACAUGGGUAGAAACUAGCAAGGCGGAUAUAAUCGCAAUCAAGGAUAAUCCUAUUAGGGUGGCUACAAUUAAUACCAAAAUGGUUCCUACUAACCCUACUAAAACAGAAAUAAUUAAGGAGGUGUUAAAAAUUAGCAUUCAAACAAUAUGAACAACUAAAACAACGGAGGAAAUAUGUAUAGCAAUCAAGGAUAACUCCAUAAUAACUAAAUGCACAACAAUAAUAGAAAUCAAAAUAAUUAAAAACCUAAACACAACGAAGGUCCUAUCAUAGUAGAUGAAAACGAAUUUGAUGACACCUUAUGCUAGGCCUGUACCAAGGGAAAAUCAGAAUUCAUUACCAAAAUGGAAACCACUCUCGAAGAAUUUAUUAAACAAACUGAAUAGGAUCAAACAGUUAUUUCCGAUUUAGAUUAGUUUGAAAGAAAGAUUCUCCAUAAAAUCUGUGAAAGAUAUGGACUCUUAAGACCUUAAGUUAAAAUAAAUGAAGACGGUAGCAAUAAGGGUAGUAUCACCAUCAAGAAGACAGACUUAACAACAAUCCCAAAUAAGAAGGUUUUGGAUCUCUUUAUGGAGUUCGAAACAAGUGGAUUGACUACUACUUAAUAAAAACCCUAAUAGAAUAGACCUACCAAGAUUUUAAAUAAGUAGGCAAAUUCAAACACUAAUGAAGAAGGUUAAUUAGAAACUAAUUUAGAAAACUUGAAUUUGAAUGAUGCAGAGUAACAAUAACAAAACAAAAAAGAGUAAUACCACAAUAAGAAGAAUGAACUUUUCAACAAUCAGAACUAAGGUCAAGGAAACAAUAACUUUAACAAUAACAACAAUUCAAACAAUGGAAGAAUAAAUAACAGAACUAGAAACAACCAAGGGUAAUUCUAGAAUCAAAAUAAUUAGUUCAAUAACUAAGGAAAUUAUGGUGAAAAUUUCUAAAACUAUCAGAAUAAUAACAGUGGUGAAUACAGUAGAAAUGAAUUUAUGAGCAAAAGAAAUAAUAACAACUAGAAUAAUUAAAAUUCAUAUUAUUAAUAAUUCCCCGCCUAAGGUGGACUAGAUAUUAAUUUCUUAGAUCCAUAAUUCCCUCAAUAAAUGAGCAAAUACAGCAAUGCUUUCUUAAUUAAGUAAAUGGAAUUCAACCAAAGUCAAUCUUAUCCUUAAGGCCAUCAAUAACAAAAUAAAAAAAACUAUAAUCAAAACAACAGCAGAAAUAACUAGGGCUUUAACAAUACUAAUAACAAUACCAACUAAGGUAGUAAUCCAAACUAUUAGCAAGGAGGUGCAAAUAAUUUAAAUUAAGGAGCUAACUAAAAUAACAAAGGCUAUAACAAAAAUUAAAGUUAUCCAAACUUAAACCAAAACUAGAAUAACAUGAGUAACCCUAAUUAUUAAGGAAGAAAUAACAAUAGCAAUAAUAGAAAUUACAACAACAAUUACAAUAAUCAAAACAACUAGACUAAUAAUUUAUAAACUUAGGGCGCCCAAAAUAACAAUGGAUAACCAUUCAACAAUCCUAACUAAGCCAAAAAUCUGCAAUAGCAAUAAGAAAGAAAGAGUGGAAAUAAAUUAAUUCCAAAUACUAAUUAACAACAACAAUAAUAGCAAUAAUAAUAAUAAUAAUAGGCUCCAAUUGAUUAUCCAAAAUUAAUUGAAUAAUUAGAAGCUGAAAUAUUGAAAAAUGAACAACAAAAGUAGAAUUAUUAACUAUUAAUUACUGAUCCUAGUACUGAACAAGAUAAAGUUAAGCAAAAUUCUAUUAAAGCUGCUAACUCUCUCAAUAAUUCUAAAAUUUAGGAAUUAGCCAAAAAAAAUGAAUCAUUGAAGCAAUAAAUUGAGUAGCUUAAGAAAGAAUAAGCAGAAAAGGAAAAGUAGCAAUAAUAAUAACAAUAACAAUAAUAGCCUAGAGGAAAUAGAAUUACCAAUAACAGCAAUAGCAACAAUACCAGAAAUAAUCCUAACAAGAAUAACUAUAACAACAAUCAAGGAGGUAACAACAGCAAUAGCAAUAGAUACCAAGGGUAGAGAAACUAGAAUAACAACAAUAACUAUAACAACUAAAACUAAUAGGGAAAUUAUUACAAUAAUAACAAUUAAGGUUAAGGUAGUUAUAGUAAUAGCAAUAGAAACAAUGAAAACUAUGCUAGCAGCUAGAUCGUCAAUGAUGACUAAAAUUUCCCUUCUUUGAUCUGA